AUGCAUUCUGGCUAUCAUACAUCUACCGUGUCUUCUCCAAAUCGUGCCGUGCCCGGUUUAGGCUUCGAUACCAAUUAUUUAUAUCUUAAUCAACUAGGACCAACUGCAAAUAUGCCAAGUGGAAAUCGACAAUAUGCGUUUCAAAAACGUAAUGAACGUGUGGAUUGGCGUCGAAUAGCUGCAUUCGAUGUUGAUCGUAUUGCGCGUGAGAUGGAUUUUCAAGCUUUACAAGAAAACCUGGAACAAAUAACACUAUGUAAUAUUGAUGCCGAAGUGAAUACACGCGCAAUCGAUCCAAAUUUUGUUAAAUUAUUCAAAAUGGCACAAAUGACAAUUGAAUAUCUUCUGUUGUGUCAAGACCAAAUUUCAGCACAAUUAGGUGAAGUUGAUCAGAUAAAAAGCAAAGGUUUUCUAGACAGUGAAGACGCUAAACGUCAAAUUGAAAAAUUGAAAAUCGAAUUAAAUGAUGUUAAAAAAGAAUCGAAAAAACGUCGAAGAAUGUUAGAAACACAACAAAAUAUGUUAGCAGCUCAAAAUUAUAAUUAUCAUGUUUGUCCAGUAUGUUCAAGAGCAUUUUUAAAUUCUUCGUUCCUUCAGGCACAUAUAGAACGUCGUCACGCAGGUGUAAAUAUUAAAAAACGAGAACAUGAUAUUGAUUUUGAAAAUGAAUUACAACGUUUGAAAGAACAAAUAAAUAAAAAAGAACAAGAACUAUUGUUGCUCAGAGUUUCGAAAGAUGAAAUUCAAGCAGCUCAAAAGAAAUUGGAAGAGUUAAACGAAAAAUAUCUAACAUUACGUACGAGUGGACAUGGUUCACCUCAACAUCGCGAAGCUGGUGUAACAGAAUUAAUAAAAGAAAAUAAAAGUUUACAAGCAGAAAUUGACAGCUUGAAACAAACGAUACAACAAAUGGGAUUAAAUCAUAAGAAACAAGAAGAAAAACUAAUUCAAAAACAUCAGCGUGAAAUUGAGAAUUAUAAAAAAACCAUCAAAGAUUUGAACGAUACAAUUAAUAUGCUUAAAAAUUCACAAGGUAGCGAUUCAAGUGGUUUAAUUGAUAAGCUGACUAAAGUUGAAAAUCACUAUCAUGAUGAACGUUUACGUCGAAAAGAAUUGGAAGAUAAACUAAAAGAAGCUGAUUAUGAAUUAUCACAAUUAAAAAAUCGUCCACCACCUAUGGUCACUGAACGAAAAAUCAUCUCGCCUACACCAACGCUCAUAUCAAGAAAUCGUUCACCAACACCAUCACUACAACCACAACAACAGAGAGACGACAUACGUUCAAAAAAAACAACUAUUGAAUUAUAUUUACGACGAUAUUGUGAUGGAUUAGUUAAAAAGCUAGAAGAAAAUCCAAUGUAUUUGCAUAAUUUUCGAGACGAUGCGCGCAAACAAUUUAUCGACGAAUUAGAAGAUAAAGUAUAUUUGGGCAUAUUGGAGACUGAUACUUGUCUUAGUGAUCUCGAUUACAAAAUGAAAAUGAAACGUGUAUUCAAUACAAGAGUGACUAUUCGUCAAGAAUUGCCCAGAUUUGAUAGUAUACGUGAUGAUAUAAGUUCAUUACUUGAUAAAUAUGUUUCUGAACGAAUGGAAAUAAAUCGUACAGGAAAUUUAAGUAUGCGUUCAUCCGGUGGCAAACUAGUAACGUUCGAAGGUGGAAGCCGACAAAAUCAUCCACAGUCGUAUAUACCAUCAAUAAACACAACAUCCGUUCAACAAAAAGAUGGCGUAGAUGAUUCUUCAUAUCAUCAACAUCGUUUAACGUCAACACUAGCUACUGUUCAACCAAAAAUAAGAUAUGAUCACAGUAAGCCACCAAUUCAACAAUCCUCUUCGACUGUUAGUAAAAUUGUACGUAAUUUAAAUACGUACAACGAAUCUCAAGAAGAUGACGUUACUCUUUCGAAUGCUACUGAAAGUAAUGACGGAGAUACCUCGCCAACACGUCCUAGUAUCGAUAGACAACCAUCUCCAAGAAAAAACGUUACUACUGUUAGUCAUCCAACUAUCAGCUCUUUGGUGACGUCGAAUAUGAGACCAUCAACAACUAGAGAGCGUGCACAUAAGUCAGAAUCAAAUAAUUGGCAAUCGGAUAGUGAUAGUGAGAGUUCAAGACCAACAACAGGUAUAACAAAUAAAACAAAAAUUAUUGAGAAACAUCUGAAAGAUUCACGUUCAAAUGGACAAAAACCACUCGUAAAUACAGCUGCUAUUAGUCUUCGGACCAAUAGUCAAACAUUAGCCACACAGAAUGAUGAUAGUAGUGAUUCAUCUUUAACAACACUUAGUAGAACAGAUCAAAAUCGUGUUGGUGAUAGAAAUGGUGGGCAUUUACCAAAAAUAUCUGGUCGGGAAGGUGAACACCAAAUGACUACAAACAAUCCCUUUAAUUCGUCAGCUGAUAUGUCACAUAACACGUACGAUGAUCUAUGGAAAUCUCUGCAGAAAGCAGAUAAAGGCGCAGAACGUCGACCACCAACGGCUGAUAGUGCAAAAACAUCUAACAUUGGCUCUGAUGUCGAUAAUCUUGAUGCUGAAGAUUAUUAG